AGGACAGAACCAGAGCAUAGAAGCACGAGUCGAAAUAGGAUAGCGAUAGACGUGCGAGCGAGAGGAAACGAGCGUCGAUGGAUUAUCAGUAGCGAUGUCGAUGGUGGCUACGUCGGCAGCUACCCGCGUUACGUUUUCGUGAAACCGUUUCGUCGGUGGCGGUGAGCCCUUGGCCGCAAAGAGUUCCUCGCAACGAUGGUGUCGAUACCGAGCGCGACGUCGACAUAAGCGCGAGCCGGGGCCGCGCGUGACGGUCGACGACGGUUCCGUUUCGCGCAGUGCCGCCGUGUCGGUCGAUCGAAGCGCACCGUUGAAAACCUGGGAACCGCGACGUAACUUCCAUCUUUAACGACCGCAUGAUGCAUCGGCCCGGCUGCCACGUCGUCGUCCCCUGCCCUCCGUUCACGUCCCUCGAGGACCGCACCAGCUUCGGGAUGCUCGUCCACCGUUGGCUCCCAGCGUGAAAGGUUGCUGCCCGAAUUGCUACCCCAGAGCUAGUAGUCUGGACCAACCACUGAACCGUCACCCAGUCGCCUUCUACUCGAUUCGCAAAUAAUCCCACAGCCUGGUACUAUUUCCAUUGGAACGUGACAGAGAAAGGAGUCGGGGAUCGUUCGAGGUAGAGUCUCGCUGCUGCGUUUUUUUUUCUCCACGGGUACUCGUACUUGGAGAGUGACCAGGGUAAUCAGUGCGUGGCAUCGAUUACACAUCGGAGAAAAAGUAUAAAUGGCAUAAUCGAAUAGCCGGAGUUCGACGAGAGCAGUCCAGUUUUGUUGCAGCUGCGUACCAUCGAGAAGAUCCUAGUACUCGUCGAUAAACGCGCUCGUGAAACGAGAUACCAGCGUCGACGCCGCGGUAAGUACCAAAACAAAUACGCCGCGGAAAUCGCGAGAAGUUCUCGCGCGAGUUUUCUGUCAUUAAGGGAAACGAAGAUGGAACCGGGUUUUGGCCGCCGCCUAGGUCGCCUCGUUCGCGAGGGUUCGUUGACACGUCGGCUGGAAGAUCGGCUCGAGACACCACUGGUCGCCGAAAAAGGUCACCAGUGAUAUAAAUAUAGAAGCGGACGUCCGCGGACGAGACGACACCGGAAAUACGAAGAGGAGGACGGCCGAAGCGUGGCUGUCGGCCGUGUCCGUGAAUCGAUACUCGAAUUUUUCGGCCCGGUACUUAUUAAUAGAAUUUUACGCUGGUGAUGCACGGAAGAGAAUACCAAAGAGAUUGUGUCGUGUGCGCGAACUGAGAACCCGAAGUACAGAACUUGUCCCUACGAACGUUUUACACAAUCAUCGCGUCGAAUCCUGGUGACAGACUGUAUGGACUGAAUCGAAAAUAAAUAUCUGCCACGAUUGCAAUAAACCGGCUCAUUCAAGAAUUUGUAACAAAUGAAACAUCGGUAUAAGCUGAGCCUCGUAAAGCUAGGCGUACGGUCCCAUGUGUGCCUGAACAUACCGUGUCCAAGAGAUUCUUCUUACGAUAUUCCCGACCUGAAAGAACAGCCACGUACUGAACAGAACUCGUACAGAGAGUAAUAAAAAGCAAGAUUCGAGUGCUUCGAUAGAAAGGUUUUAAUCCCUUCGAACAGCAGGAGCCACUUACGCCACAGGUUCCUCGUUGCUCCCUUCUGAUGGUACUUAGGGUGACUCAGAAUCGGUGGACGAGCGCGUGUGAACAGCGCGGUCCCCGUGAAGAACACGAACACCGUCGCCGACUAACGUCCCUAUGGCUCCACGUGUCCUUUCCAAGACGAUGAUCGCGUUCAUCAUCUUCGUGGCUCUCUGGCCCCCCGGCCAGGCUGGUCUGUUGAAAUUCUACGAGUCUGUUCCGGAUCACAUGGAACCGGAGAGACGAGCCCCUGUCAACGAUUAUUCGAUGCACGGACCGAUAGUCGACGACCAUGAAUUGCCACGAGAUCUCCGUGAACCAUAUCCAGGGAAGAGCUUCGGGCCGAUGGGUCCCAUCGAUGGUUCUCUACCGGACGACGUGUCCUUUCGGAGCUUGUCAUCGGGGCAAGGUCAACAGGGUGGCAAUUCGAUCGAGCACAUGGCGUCCCACGCGGUCAAGGAGGCCAACGGUGACCAUGGGCACGCGAAACCAGAGUACAACAUUAUCGCCGUUGAGUUUCACCGCGUGGAGACGCCAUUCGUCAUCGGGAUAUGGAUCUUCUUCGCCAGCCUCGCGAAAAUAGGCUUCCACAUGACACCGAGGCUCAGCAAGAUCUUCCCGGAAUCCUGCUUGCUGAUCGUAGUAGGCGUCGUCGUCGGCGUAUUGCUGUUCCAGGCGAGCAGCGUCCACGUGUCGCCCUUAACGCCGGACACGUUCUUCCUCUACAUGUUGCCGCCCAUUAUCCUCGACGCCGGCUACUUCAUGCCGAACCGGUUGUUCUUCGACCACCUGGGGACGAUACUGCUGUUCGCCGUCAUCGGGACUAUAUUCAACACUUUGUCGAUAGGCGCCUCGUUGUGGGUAUUAGGUAAAAGCGGUCUUUUCGGCUUCGAAACGCCCCUCCUGCAGAUGUUCCUCUUCUCCGCGUUGAUCAGCGCCGUCGAUCCCGUUGCCGUGCUCGCUGUCUUUGAGGAAAUUCAUGUGAACGAAAUCCUGUACAUCGUCGUGUUCGGGGAGAGCUUGUUGAACGACGCUGUCACUGUUGUGCUGUACCAUAUGUUCGAGACGUACAACGAGAUAGGACCGGCGAAUAUACUUUACACGGACUUGUUGUCGGGUCUGGCUUCGUUCUUCGUGGUGGCGAUCGGCGGGACGAUAAUAGGGGUGAUCUGGGGCUUCGCCACGGGUUUCGUUACGAGAUUCACCGAUCAGGUUCGGGUGAUCGAGCCCAUAUUUAUAUUCGUCAUGGCUUACCUGGCCUACCUGAACGCCGAGAUUUUUCACAUGUCCAGCAUACUGGCGAUCACGUUCUGCGGCAUCACCAUGAAGAACUACGUCGAGGCGAAUAUAUCGCACAAGUCUCACACGACCGUGAAGUACACGAUGAAAAUGCUGUCCAGCAGCUCGGAAACCAUCAUAUUCAUGUUCCUCGGGGUGGCUACGGUGAACAAUCGUCACAACUGGAACACGUGGUUCGUCGUGAUGACCAUCGUCUUCUGCUCGGUCUAUCGAAUCGUCGGCGUGAUCUUCCUGACAGCGUUGGCUAAUCAAUUCCGGUUGCACAAGCUGGACAAGGUCGAGAAAUUCGUGAUGUCUUACGGUGGCUUACGAGGUGCCGUAGCGUUUGCUCUGGUUCUGCUAAUCGACCCGAGACACGUGUCGCUCCAGCCAAUGUUCGUCACUACCACGAUCGCAGUCAUCUACUUCACGGUGUUCAUACAGGGUAUCACGAUCAAGCCCCUCGUGAAGAUUCUGAACGUGAAACGAGCCGAGAAGAAGAAGCUUACCAUGAACGAGAGGAUCCACGAGCGGAUAAUAGACCACGUGAUGGGCGGGAUAGAAGAUAUUUUAGGCAAACACGGCAACUACCACGUUCGAGACAAGUUCAAACGGUUCGAUAACAAAUUCAUUCGACCGUACUUGCUGAGGAAUCACUACGGAGCCGAGCCGAAAAUAUUGGAAACGUACUCGAAGCUAGCGAUGAAAGACGCGCUGGAUUAUAUUAGGAGGAACGCGUCGACCAUUGGCAAUAUCAGCGGAACCGAGAGCAUGUCCGCGAUAUUCCGCAACUACAGCAACACGGGACAGUUCAAUGGAAGCCCGAGUUGCAGCCAGCUCGAAGCGGGCUGGAAUAUUGAUCUCCAAGAACUAGAGUACAACCCUUCCAAGAAGGACCUGACGGACGCCAGGAUCCACCACCUAUUGGCCGAGGAACUAUGCAAGCCUUACAAAAGGAGAACAAAAUUGUUGCAGCACCGCCGGUUAAGCUACAGCCGACACGCGGUGAACGAUCGCGAUCUGUCUACCCAAGUCAAUUACAAGAUGCACAUGAACAUACGUCGUAUGAUGGGAGAGCACAAGCAUCGUCACAAGCGCAGUAAAAAAUUGCUCAAAGAUGGUAAGCAGAAUCACGUGAGUUUCCCGGAGUUCCAGCAGAACGGCUCGACGAAAUUGUUCACUCAAGAUUACAUCAACGGUGUCCUAUACGAGUUGGAGAACGGGGACACCUCAAAGCCUUCGAGCAAAGAGGACUGGGACUCGGCGAUCACCUUCACGGCUCGGUCCGACUCGUCGAACGCGAAUGCGGAGAAUCACCACGGAGCCACCAAUACUACCUCAAUGGACACCAUAAAUACUGACGAUCCGGAUAUGAAACUGGGACGCGACGAAUGCUACCGAGUGACGACGCCAACAGCCACAGAAACUAUGUUGCCGUGGAAAAGGGAGGACGACUACGAUUCCGCACACCCGGUUAAACAGAACGAGUUUCCACCUUGGUGUUCGAACAAAGAAUACCUGGCUUACAGUUCUCCCUCGGCGACGUUCUUAGGUGGAAUCGAGGAGCCAAAGGUCCGAUCAGUAAUUGGCUUGUUCCGUCGUGAAAGUGUAUGCACGCCGGACGGUAUCGAUUGCCAGGAAACAGUCGACGAGAGCGACGAGUAUACGUUGACGGGCACAGAGCUGACGGAGAAGUCGCCCGUCAAAACUUCCAGCGACAAGAAGGGGCCUGCCAGACGAGUGUCGAUGAUGGAACUAGGAUCGAUGGAGAGAUCGCAUUCGGACAGGGACGACGGGUCUCACUCCCUACCGGAAUACUGGCACCCACCGCAACGUAUGCGGCUGAACUCGUCGCCGUACUCGGCGCACCUUCCGAGUCUGUCGACCGCGCUGAUCACCUCCUCCUCGGAAUCAUCGGAGGAGAUCGACGAAGAGGAAAAGAGAGCUUGACCCUUGCGGAUCGUCGAGGGGCAGACGUCGUCCUACGCGGACAUCGAGCGUCGCCUGCGCCGCCCGUGGAGGCGGCCGCCCCGACGCUCGUUGCUCACGUCGCUCCUACGACGACCCAGUGCUCCGGUAUGAACGAGAAAACGAAAGGGAGAUCUCCCGUUUUCCCCCAGGGAGAGCCGAGCAAUUCUCUGUUUACAUCGAGCAUGAUCGCUCCCCCUGGACAAUCGUCGAUCUCGCAUCCAGUGACCCUCCCUUCGAAGACGGACACGGAACAUUUUUAACCGAACACGGGGAGGGGGGGGGGGAAAGAUGAAGAGUUGCCGAGUCUAGUGCUCUCUUUAUACUCCUUCACGCAGAACCACGAUGACAGAAAGUAAACCCUCGUUUUGACUAACGAUGCUUUCGUUCGCACGCAGAAAACGAGUGACUAGCUGUUUGCAGUUCCGUUCAGAGAAGGAGGAGGAAAAGGAGGAGGGGGAUGAGAAUAUUUUUCGCGAUUAUAUUAGUUCGAACGGAUGAGAGAGUCGAAUUAAUAGAGUGAGAGCGUGAUGUGAAGUAUCGAUGUUACAAUUUUUUCCCGACGGAGCUGUGUCGAGGUUGCGUUUCUCUUUUGAUACUCGGUAAACCGCGUGUGGAUCCUUUUUAACCGUUCGAGACCAAAGUGAUCAGAAUGAUUCGGUACGCGAACGAAAGAGUGAGAGAAAGAUGGAACGAGCGAAAGAUAGAGAUAGAGAGAGAGAGAGAGAGAGAGAGAGAGAGGGAGAGAAAGCUAUUUUUUUAAAACCGAUACACCCUCGUUUCCUCCGUGAAUGUGAGCAACGGUUUGAAACUGUCAUAGACUAGGACGAUCAUUUAUCGUAGUUGAUUUUUCAAAUGCUUCCUCGAAGAGACCACACACGUUUACACUGGACACGCAGGUGUUUUCUAUAGAGCGCGAGGAUUUGCGAGACGACCUUUUAUCGAUUCUCCGUUGCGUUGCUUUCUGCGUGCAGAGAAACAUCGGAAACAGGCGUUUAUUUCCUAAAACGCCUCGACGCGUUUUCCCCCUCUUAGCGACGAGACUCGCUUCGCUCAUUGAACUUGGUAUCGUGGCCUUAAGAUUCCUAGAAGUAUCCUAGCAGCAACUCUGGUGCGUUAUAAGAAACAAAAAAAAAAUGAGAGAAGAAAAGAGUGACCUUUCGGAAGAAAGAAAACUAGUGGACCUGAACCGUACCGCGUUUGAAGGAUAAAUAAAAUUCAUACGCGUACGCGCGUUUAGUCGUUUCAUUUCUCUUUUAUAGUUUCUCUAUUUUAGUCUUCUGACUACACGACUCGAGAUAGUGUUUUGAGAAAAAAAAAUGUAUACCUAACAUGUAUUUUACGCAGUUUGUAUGGUAAUCGACGCACGACGCUGAGAGCAUCGCGCGAUUCGCUUUUGAGUUGAUAGACUCGAGUCUAGAUUUAGAAACGCCGUAUGGCGUUGCAAGGUGAAUACGAGGAUAACUUUAACGUUUCCGUUAUCCUUCCAGAGCGUGGAAGUUCAAGAGAAGCUGUGGAGCACAUCUCCUAAUUCCAAAAUUUCCAAUAAAUGAAAAUCGAUUGAAUUUUUUUUUCUGAUCAAUAAUACGUCGCCAGUGAUGAGAAGAAAAUUGUUGCUCUUAAAAUCGAUCAGGUUUCUCUCGACGAUAUUUCCAUGCUCUCGAGCGUAACGCCACUCCUUCUAGAUUUUGUCACCUUGCUGUUAUCACACUGACAUUCUGCAGAGAUUCUUGGGAAUUCUACACUGCAAAUCAAUUAAAAUGUAUUUAUUUAGUCACGAAUUUACCUCAGAAAAAUUUUCUAUCCAUUUUAAGAAUUGUACAAAACGUUUUUGAGUCGUGAAAAGUCCACAAGAAUCGCUGCUACAAAUGGGUUCAAACACAGUCUCGGCGGAACAGACGACUAUUUAGUAAACCUUUCGUACGAGAAGGAUCUCUGUAAACGAAACAAUAAAACGAAAUGUUCAAAGAUUCAAGCAUCGUGCAAUAUCACAUAAGGAAAUCUUUUGCGACGAUUGACAUACACACACGUACACAUACACGGAAACGCUCCUUUCCUCGAGUAUGGCCUUAAACGAAAAAAAAA